UCAAAGUGAAGAGAAAAAGGAGAGCUAUAAUGGAAUGUAGUGGCUCUUCUCCUCCUCCUCCUCCUUCUUCUUCUGCUUGUGCCUUUUCUUCCUUCCUAUAACAUUUUCUAGUGCUUUUGGGGGUUUUGUUUUGGUGUUUCUCUUGCAUUCCGACAUUGUAUGUUUGAGUGAGUUUCUGUAGGAGGUUGUCAUUUAAUCUGGUUUGGUGGGUUUGUUGGGGUUGUGUGUCAUGGCACAAUUGCCACCCAAAAUCCCAAACAUGACACCAAAUUGGCAUGACUUUUCACACCAAAAAAUAUCCUCAAUUGGGAGCACUACACCAAAUCUUAUUACAAAAACCACCGUCGCAGCCUCCACCGCCACCUCGUCUCCGAACCCUUCUUGGGUGGACGAGUUCCUCGACUUCUCGUCGGCGAGGCGGGGGUCUCACCGGAGAACCGUCAGCGACUCAAUAACCUUCCUGGAGGCGCCAAUAUUGGUAGACGAAUGCCGUGGCUCAGGUGCGCCGCCGGGGUCCGGGACUGCUAGCAACGAGUUUGACAGGUUUGACGAUGAGCAAUUCUUGUCCAUGUUCACGGAUGAAAUGUCCACUGCCGUGGCCCCCACCGUGUCGUCCUCGAACCCCUCCACGCCGUCCGAUCAUAACAGCAUUAAUGAUGAUGAGAAAGAGACCACACCACCACACGAUCAUCACCACCACCACUACCAACCGAAGCAGCAGCUAAAGAAUGAAUCUGAGGAGGUGGAAAGCCAAUGCCAGUCGGACACACAAACUCUUCAAAACGCAGUGGCAAACAUGUCCAACGACAGAAUAACUGAUCCUAAGAGGGUCAAGAGAAUCUUGGCAAACAGACAAUCUGCACAACGAUCAAGGGUGAGGAAGCUACAAUACAUAUCAGAGCUUGAACGUAGUGUGACCUCAUUACAAGCUGAGGUUUCUGUGUUGUCACCACGGGUUGCGUUUUUAGACCAUCAACGCUUGCUUCUAAAUGUCGACAAUAGUGCUCUUAAGCAAAGAAUCGCCGCCCUUGCUCAAGAUAAGAUUUUCAAAGAUGCUCAUCAAGAAGCACUGAAGAGGGAAAUAGAGAGACUGAGGCAAGUGUAUCACCAACAGAACCUCAAGAAGAUGGAAAAUGUUGCACCAAUAUCAUCGCAGCCACACUCUGAUCAUGCCAACACUUGUAAUGACAAAGAGCAGCUUCUCAAUGUUUGAUCCUCUUCUGGGAAAAAGAAAGAAAAAAGAAAGAAAAAAAGAAAAA